UCAAGUUUCUCUUACUCAACACCGUUCUUAACGAAGCCACACAACUCUGUAAAAUUUGUUUAUAUUAAUUUGGAUCUCAACAAAAGCAAGUAGAAUUUGGUGUUGCCAAAUGCGAAUGAAGUGGGAACAAAGGCACUAGCUUUUGUGACGCAAAAGCAAAGAAGCGUUUAAACUGUAAUCAAAAAACGGGGACGAAGCAGACGAGACUGCAAUUCAAUGUUGUGCUUAUGAGCGUUUAAAACGGCAGCCAAGCAGAUAAGCCAAUGUCUGGGAGUCAACAACAACAACAGCAACGACGACGACAAAGGUGCAACAGAAAAAGAACUGUGCACGCGUUAGCGAACUGUUUACAUCACGGCGAGAGCACGGAUUAAAAAUAUUAGGAGGUUGAUGCGUUGGUCAAGCACUAGAGUGAAAGAAAAAGAAUCUGUAAAAACGUUGGACGAGACACGCUUGGCUGGCGUUAACUUAAAUGCACAGAGAAGUGAACGUUAGAUUGUUUUUGUUACUUCCUUAUGUUAAUUGAACCUAGAUCAUCAAAGUGCACUGCCAUUAACUAUAAAAAUAUAUAGGAUAAAUAAUUAUUAAAAUUCGUAGGCUUAAACUGAAACUAACAAGCGCAGCUCCAACAGCAACAUCCUCAAACCAAGAUGUCCAACUCCAACUAUAACAACCAUCAGCAGCCGCACCAUAACCAUAAUAACUACCAGCAGCAGCAGCAACAACCGCAUCACUCCAAUAGCAACGGAGAUGAUCGUCAUGGAGAAUACCAUCAGCAGCAGCAGUCAGUGCACUAUGCUCAGCCUUAUAUGAACGGCCAUGUCAUUAAAAUUAAACCUUUGGAUAACGUGGCCGUACCAGACAUGUGCCUGUUCUGCUUUGAAGUGCUAGAUUGUGAGCUGAACAACAUUGAUGGGCCGACCACUCCGAUGUUUAGCAACGAUGCAUAUCCAUUGUUUGUGACCUGGAAGAUUGGACGGGACAAGCGUCUGCGUGGUUGCAUUGGCACUUUUAGCGCCAUGGAGCUGCACAAUGGAUUACGCGAGUAUGCUUUGACUAGCGCCUUCAAAGAUUCGCGUUUCGCACCCAUUUCGCGCGACGAGCUGCCCAAGCUUACGGUCUCCGUAUCCAUAUUGCAGAACUUUGAGGAGGCACAAGGCCAUUUGGAUUGGCAGCUCGGCGUUCAUGGUAUACGCAUUGAAUUCUUGACUGAACGCGGGUUGAAACGCACUGCAACUUAUUUACCACAAGUGGCCACUGAACAGGGCUGGGAUCAGUUGCAGACCAUAGAUUCUUUGCUCCGUAAGGGUGGCUAUCGUGCCACCAUUACCCAGGAGCUGCGUAAGUCCAUAAAGCUAACACGCUAUCGUUCCCAGGAGAUACAGAUGCACUACAAGGAGUAUCGCGAACAUUGUGAGCGCCGCGGUGUCCCAUACGGGAAGGUGCAGUGCUAACAAUUAGAAAACCAAACGUUGGGGCAACGAUCCUGGCUAGGGGCAGGCGUUGUUGGCGUGCUGCUGCUGCUACUGCUGGCAAUUGAGCUGACUCAGGGCAUAGGAUUUCUUAUAUUUUAUCUACUCCUGAGCUGAGCACGCCUUAGCAUCCGCCAACAAGCGCCAGUUGCCGUUGAUGUAUUCAUUGUAUCAUUUGCGAUACACACAGAGAGAGAGAGAGAGAGAGAGAGAAAGUUUUAACGUACUUUUUAUUAUACAACAAAUGCUAAGUAUACUUAACCUGUCUUUGAGCUGCAAAUUGAUGAGCAAUUUCGUAAAGUUAAUAAACAUAACUCGGAGGAGAGCCAAUUCAUAAAUUUAAUUAUACAUCUAUCCUAAUUUACGUUCGUCAUUGCUGGUUUGUACUAACGCAUAAAAAAUUUAUAUGAAUGACAAAUAUAUACCAUAAAAACAUUAAUAACAAUACAGCUAAA